AUGGCAGGCAAGGCAGGGGAGCUUCGCAUUCCCCUGACCCUGCAGCGUUCCCGGCUGAAGGCUGAGGAGAAGACCCUGGAUUUUGAGUUUGAGGUGGUCAGCGCCCAGUUUAACCAACAGGGCCGCUACGCCCUGCGGCUCACUGUGGAAAACCCACUGCUGCAGGGCUCCAGUGCCGGUGUCCGGCUCUGCAUCAACAGCAGGGAGGUCAUCCAGAGCAGCACCGGCACCACUGACACCAUCGAGCAGAGCGACCUCAACCAGAUCUACUCCUUCCAGAGGAGGAAAUUCACCUUCAUCCUGCCCAGAGGUUUCUGCAAGAACGACAACAACCACGAUGUGCGGCUCCACAUCGAGGCCCUGCACUUCCCCAGGAGGGCAGAGAGGAUGAGGAGGAGCAGGCAGGUGGGCGAAGCCUUCUUCGCCAUCUACCCCCGCACCAACCAGCCCCGGAUGAAGCUGUCUGCCAGGAAGGAUGAGGACUGGUACCGCUACAGCUCCGUGAUGGCUUUGCUGAGGGUGGGCAGCGAGCAGCCAGCGAUGCACUGUGGUCGACUGGCCUUCACUGCAUCCCUGCAUGAGCACCGGCCACCCACCACGCUGGUUUCACCCCCACCACUCUCCCCCAGCACCCAGGAGGAGGACCAGCAAGCAGCAGGCACAGCCCCAGCAUCCCCACCCCUGGACAUCCCCAUCCCCAGCUGCUCACCCCGUACACCCGAGUCUGCUUACCACUCGCUACCCACUGAGGGCCGUGCCCACUCCCCCAAGGUAUCCAAGUCCCCUGCCAGGAAGGAGAAGCCUGGGCAUGCACCAGUGGCUGGUGGGGGACACGUGGCCCACAUGGGGAAGGAAGCCAUCACCGUCACCCUCCACAGUGCCAGCAACCUGCCGGCCACGCGAGAGGGCCAGGUGCCAUGGCCAUACGUCAUUGUUAAGACCGGCAGAGGGGAUGAGCAGAAGGCAGAGGCGACCCAUGCAUCCUUGGUGCCCACCCACACGCCCACCUGGGAGGAGGAGGUGACGGUGGAAAUGGAUGCUGAAGAUGCGGGCUGGGCAGCCCUGACUCUCACCGUGGCAGACAAAGCCACCAAGGAGGCGUUGGGGACCUUCCAGCUGCCAGUGCGGCACCUCCAGCCCUUCCAGCCCCACCAUUGCAGGCUGGUGCUGCCGAGGACGCGGGACGCCGCCGGGAUGGUCCUGCAUGUCACCCUCAUCCGCAGAAGGAGCUUCAUCCCUCGCUGUGCUGGAUUGAGCUAUGUGGCCUUGGAGGUGCUGCUGCGGGGGCUGUCGGCCCCCCUGGCUGCCCCCCCCGGGGCCCUCGUCGCCGUGGCUAGAGUUGUGACCAAUGUUCAGGAGUACAAGCAUCGCAUGGAGAAGCACCCUACCUCCUGUCCCGGCAUCAGCCCCAUCACCAUCACAUUCCCAGACCCUCCGGCAGCAGCCUUCAGCAUCGCCCCAGUUGCCAACCACGGCUGCCCACAGAUGUCCCGACCAGCCGGGCCCCCAGAGCAGCCAACCUGGGACACCUCCUUCCUCUUCCAAGGCCGAGACGUGGCCACCCUCUUCUCCGAAGACACCGCCCUGGUGAUCGAAUAUUAUCCGUACAAAACCAUGUGGGAUGUUCCAGGCACCCUCAUUCCCGUGGGAUACUCAGUGCUGCCCCUCACCAGCCGUGUUUUCCGAGAGCUGGCGGCACGGAGCGGCGAGAUGCGUGUGGAUGGCCUCGCCGUGCAGGGCACGGACCUCAAAACCACGUCUGGGGCCAUUCCGACUGUGGGGCUCUGCCUGCAGCUCCUUCAAUCGGAGAGACCAGCGGCGUUCCUGACCCCGUCGGGCAGCGAUGCCCUUCCCAGCCCGGGCCCCGCCGACGCCAGCACAUUCAAGAGGGGUGAAGAGCUGCGGGCAGCCCCCGUGUGCCCAUUUUCUUGCCAGCUCCACCGAGACAAUGUGUCCCUCCCAGCGGCCGAUGCCGUGGCCAGCAUCCUGCCUGGAAAGCAGCUGUUCCCGCACGGGACAGGAGCACCAUCAGAAGAGCAGAGAUCCCAAGAGAUCACUGGGGACAAGCAGGAGCUGGUGAGUGCCGAGGAGACUGGAGGAGCUGGGGGCACUGGGGGGGACAGCGGUGUCCCCAGAGCGGGUCCUGGCUCCCGUGGAGACCGAAGCUCUACGCUGCCGGAGGCGAGCAGCUACCGUCUGGCGCUGAAGCGGAUGGCCGGGGACCUUCUGUCCCUGCGCCAGCACGUCACCAGCCUAGAGGUGGAGAACAGGCACCUACGGCGCAGCCUGGCCUCGCGGGAGGAGCUGGGCCACACUCUGCUUGCCGAUGUGGACCUGGACGUCAUGACGCGGGAGGAGCUGCUGGACAGGCUCGCCACCCUCAAGCACAAGCUGGUGGCCGGUACAGUGGAGAUGAGGAGGCUGAAGGACCGUGUCCAACGGCUGCAGAACGAGCUGAUCCGGAAAAAUGACCAGGAGAAGGACCUGGUGCUGCUCCAGCGAGCCCACCAGCAGCAGCAAGCUGUGCUGAAGAGGUGCCAGGAGAAGGUGGCCAAGACAAAGAACUUAGAGGAGACAGUGCGGCAGCAGGAGAAGGUGAUCGAGGCGAUGGAGAGGGUGCUGCAGGAGAAACUCACCAGGGCAGGCAGGAGUACUGAGAAGUCAGCGGGUGAAGCCCUCUCCGGGGAGGUGUAUGCCGUGCUGCUGGCCGAGAACCGCAGGCUGCGGGAGGACCUGGCGAGACCCCCCCACCUCUUGCCCCCCGUCAUCCCGCAGCCCCCAACCUUGCCGGGUGGUUUUGGGCGUGCGGAGAAGCUGUCUCUGCUGGCCAGGCUGGAGGAGGCACAAGCCCAGAGGCGGGUGCUGGAAAGGCAGCUGGAGGAGGCGGCGAGGAAGUGGGGACGGGAGAAGCAGGAGCUCGGCACUCGGCUGCUGGAGCGGGAGCACGGCUUCCCCUACGCCCCCACCACGCAUUUGCCGGCAAUCUCCACAGCCCCCCUGAGAAGACCCCAGCCCCUGGCCCGCCUGCCCUAG